AUGACAGCCACUUGGAAAGCUGCCGGUUUGACCUACAACCGCUACCUGGCCGUCGCUGCCCGCGCGGUCCGCCGAUCCCUCAAGGAAGGCCCUCGUCUGCAAGCUGAACGCCGUGACCGGAUGGACCUGAAGUUCGCCAAGUGGGAGACUGCGGCAACGCGCUAUCCCAACCGCCGAAGCCGCUCUCCGCUGGACCACAAUUCCGUAAGUAAAUACGCCGGGCAGCAGCCAAGAUACUGUCGCGACCUCCACCCACCGGUCAAGAAAGAAAAAGCAACCGGCUGCAAGGAACUACCAACUACCGCGUUCAAAAUCAUGCUGCCAAAUAAUGAGGUCCGCCUCCCUCAGCCGCGACUUACCUCGCAGACGGUAGUUCCGCGCGACAUCACGGAGCAAUUCACCAAUGCCGCUUCCAAAUUACGGACCGGCCAGCUCGUCAAGGAUGAGUUCUUCACGCUCUUCGAGGCGGUGGGGGCGUUGGAGAUUAUGGAUUCCAAGAUGGACAGUGGUUAUCUAGGUCCUGGUGAAAAUCAUGCUCAGGCUCUCGAAGACGAUUACGAUGUGAUGCGCGAGCUGCAGCCGCAGGAGGUGCUGGGCGUCAUGGACCAGCUUCUCUGCCAUGAGAUGGCAUGGCAUAUGGGACAUCCGCUCUCACAGACGCUCUUUACCUCCAUCUACCUCGAUAAACUGCUGUGGCCAGUUCCGAAGACUCUCGACGAGGCUCGCUUCUACCGCCGGGAACAAGAGUACCAUGCGGAAAUUGAGGAACAGUCUCCGUUGACACACCUGGUAUUGCGGGCGUUCUGUCUGGCUUUGGUAAAAGCCUGCGAUCUAGUCCACGCACGCGUGACGGCGGAAUACUAUUACGAGGUUGGCCCAAACUGCUCAAUCUCCUGUGGAACGGGCAUGUCUGAUGCUGUCCAGGAAGAGGAUUUUCUGGCUCAGCUCUAUAACCGCAGUCUCUUGACGGAAUUUGAAAUUGAGCCUCUUCAGGAGAUCAUCAACCAGGCCGUGUCAUGGCUCAAUGAGCAAGAGGGCAGGGUGGAUGUCAACUUGAAGCAGGCUUUAGUAGAUCGAUUGGAAUUCCGGAAACACUUCCUGACGGCCUUGAGUCAGGAUAUUGAUGUGGUGCACACCAGGCUGAAGGAGCCAUUCGUCUCUUGCCUCAACCUUGUUUCACCCAUCGAGAAGUCAAUGUCGCUUGGGACACCAGUCCCAGAGGCCUUUAGCAUGAAAAUCCAACGCAGACUCGCCAGCACCGUGCCCCCACGGCCCAUGGUAACUAUAAGCUCUAAGGAUGCAAUUGACCAUCUGAGGCGAUUAUGUCGAGAUGCAAUUGACAUGCAAGAAAUUCUAGAUUAUUCUAGCUCUUACAACUUGAGGGUAGCUGUCUGGAUGCUGGUAUCUAGGAAGCCUCAGCCAGCGGUGUACAUCCGAUCGCUUCUCCAGACAUUUAUCGUCCACGACAUGAAGGUUCUCGGUUCUAUCCCUGUCAAGCAGUUUUUGUACGAUGACCUCGCCGAGCUUGUGCUUCCUUGCAGCACCUUGCUGCGACCGGAAAACGAAGAAGUCGAAGUGCCAUCCGAUCCACGCUUUCAAAUCGUUAGGAGCAUGGAAGGCUUUGUCAAGCGUGUGUCUCAGCCUUUUGUGGAUACCUUUCGCACCGCUUGCUUGAACCGAUGUCGCGUCCGCCGCGCACUCUGUCACACUAUCGUCGAUUGGGACAAUCUUCAAGUGGAGGCCGAGGAACUUGACGCCCAUCUUCGGACAUUGACUCUUGAGCAACCUCUAAUGCUUCACGGAGGCGAGCCAACGUAUUCCUACCCUCUCAGCAGCUGGAUCUAUCAUGAGAAGCUUCGUCAGAUCCGACUGAUCAUUCAGAUGGGGUUUGAGCUUUCCAUAUAUUCGCCAGAAGAGCUUCCCGGCAUGUACUGGUAUUUAUCUCAUAUCUGUUCCACCCACCUCUCCCACAUUGAGCGGAUUCGGACUUUUGUCAUUGCCGAGAGCAAGAGAAAUGUAUCCGCUACGUCGUUGCUUCGCAGAGGGAACAGCAAAGCAGCAGAACGCAAACGGGCGUUUGAGAAGACUCUUACCGUCCUCGACCGCCACACGAUGUAUCUAAUCGCGACCGAGGCUUUCGCUCUUGCUCUCCAUGGUCUCUAUGCGUUCCUUGCUCGCCAUCAGUUGCUCCCAAAUGCGGCGUCGAGCGAGGCUUACUCCAGUGCGCGACUUCGCUAUGAGCUUCGCAUGAAACCUUUUAUUCCAAUCACGCUCCCUGAACUCGUGCCUUUUGAAGUGUACGAGCGGGAAGCCACGUUGAAAGGUGAAAGCGAUGCCGCUGUGCUCGAGCGGGCUACGGCUGCGGUGGGCGAGGCACGCAAGGCUUGGGAGACAGUGCUCGCUCACGGAGCGUUUCUUCCUCCGUUGGAACCAGGGAAGAAUCCCAGCACGCCACCUUCGAAAUCCGCUGUUGGGGAUGAUUGGCAACGCGACAUCAAGGACACGUUAAGAGCGUGUAUUGGCGCUAGCAUUGCCAUUGGAGCAGUCUCCAAGGCCUUCUCCGCCCAGUCCAAGAAAUCGCAGACUGCGAAGGACGAACAAUCUUCAUCGCUGUCUUUGAAGGUGGAAAUCCCAGAGGUGGGCUCCAGCGCACGCUGGCACGACUGGUGGGCAGUGCCACGGAUCUCCGAGGCGAAUGCGGGUAAAACCUGA